GGAUUACCUCCCUUGAUCAUCUAUUCUUACACGGAACAUAUUUAGUUAAAGUGCUAUUUGGGUGUUUAAUAACACUUUUGUUUACGUAUUAAAUCAUUAAAAGAAAAACAAAAUUCCAUUCCAAUCCACUUCAAAUACCUUUUCACUCAAUUUUGACUGUAUUCCAGUCAUUUUUAUCGCUCAAUCAUUUGGAUAAAUCUGAUAAUUACGAUGCUUCAUUUAAUGUGAUCCGUUUGGGCUUCCGUAUUUUUAGUUGCUGCAAGAAGACAUGGCGACAUCACCUCUUUGUUGAAGCCUUUAUUUUUUUGGCAUUAUGUCUUUAUUAAGCAGAUCAAGGAAUCGAUUAACCACUUCUACUCUCAACAGCGAACGUUUUAUCGAAGAAUACCAAAGUCACCGUCACAAACUGUCCACAGCUUACCAGUACCACUUAGCUGGACAUGAGCAGGAUUUAGACAUUGUUUCUUUAGACCACUGUUACGCAAAGCCAUGGAGUGCACAUCCCGAUGCAAGCAAUGCCAAGCCAUUGCGCAUGUUAUUCAUGCACAAAUUCCCUCGAAAUGGAGACAUAGAUCAAAAUUCAGUUGAUGAAGACCAAGUACUCGAUGUUGAAACCACAACCGUUAAAUCUUCACACAUUGGUGACCUGGCCAAGGCCCGAAACUUGAUGAAUGAAUGUGAAAGACAUGUCAACCUUGCUUACCCAGAUAAAGGUGGGGAAGAUUCUGAAGAACACAUAAGCAAAACAGGGUGGACCAUGCAGCAGAAGAGACUUUACAACAAAGUUAUGAAAGCCCUUCAUGUCGACCGAUUGGCCAGGCUAGCAUUUGAUGGAAGUAAUAAUGAAGCUGUCAUGCGAAGAAUUCAUGUUGAUAAAUCUGCCAAACGGAUACGACAAGCUUUGGCUAGCGAAAUAUGGGACCCCAAACUUAGUCAAUGGUUGCACAAUGUAUUGUUGGAGAACUUACCCCGUCAUUUGUUGGCUGCUUAUUUGGAUGUUCUGCAAACUCUGCGAGCUAAGAUUCCUACUCUUGUCGACCGUAUGAUUGCUCAGUCAGCUGCUAUCACUCGCCAGGGAUCAGCUGUUUCAUUGGAUGCCUUAAAUUUGCUCCUUAAGCGACCAUGGGACCCUGUGUAUAGCACUCUCAGCCAACAGAAACCUCGCAAGCUUCCUGGAAAUCCAUUAAUUCUUGUCGCUCCUAGUGGACCCACUUAUCCCAAUAAUAAUUAUUCAAAACGCACGAAAUUCUGUAUUACUCAACUCUCCAAUCUUGGCAAAGUGAUUCCUGUAACAAUGCACACAGUGAACGGCGGCAGUGGCGUUGGUAUAGCCCAGUGCCUUGAACAUAUGAUUGGAGCUGUACGCACCAAAGUUUUAGAGUUAAAAGGCCAUUUUCAGAACCGACCCAUUGUCUUGCUGGGAUGGAAUAUUGGAGCAUUGGUGGCAUGUCAUGUUUCAUUGGUGGAGAUGGUAUCAGCUGUGAUCUGUUUGGGUUUCCCACUCACAGGAAUCAAUGGUGGUCGUGGUGAUGUUGAAGAUCCACUCUUAGAAAGCAAGACAUCAACACUCUUUGUAAUCGGUCAACAUAGCAAUUCUUGUGAUAUCGAUGGCAUUGAAGAUCUUCGAGAAAAGAUGAAAGCUGAGAACAGUCUGGUGGUUAUUGGCGGGGCAGAUGACAAUUUACGGGUUUCAAGGGCCAAAAAGAAGCAAGAAGGAAUCACACAGUGCACAGUUGAUAGGUACAUUUUGGAUGAGGUAUCCGAGUUCCUUGGCAGUGUUUUGUCGCAAUCUGUAUCUCAAACGGAAAAUGCCGAACUGAUAGACAUUGAUCUGAAGAAAAAGAAACGCCGCAAAGUUUCUCGUGAAGCUGCUUCUUCAGUCAACAUGGAAGCGUUGUCUUACAGCAGCAACAAGUUCUCGGUUCGGUCUGAGAAUUCCAAAUUUAUACCUGCUUCGAAGGGAGCGACUGUGUCUCGGUUAUUGAAGGUGAUGCGUCAGACUCCACAACUAUCAGACAGUGCAGAGUCAAAAUUAGGAGAUGAGUCUUCAGAUGGGAGCAUAGCUGAGCCACAUUCACCUGCUAAGACUCAAGUUGUGGCACGUCGACAGACACAUCGGAAACGUCAGGCAUCAGUUUCACUGGCUUUUGAUUCAAACACCAAGAAGAGAAUAUUUCGCUUGGCAGACGGAUCCCCAUCAUCUCCACCUUUGACCACUUUCAAGUCUACAGCUGGGUCACCUUCGGUAUCAUCGUCUUCACCAUCUCCUGCUACUCUUCUUCCAGUUGUUUCCAGCGCUCCUGAGCUCAGCGGUCUCUUACAGUGUCCUCCUUCUAGUGCAAGCUACCUCACUAACUCCAAGCUACAGUCUUUAACUAGUGGCGGUGAGUUAGAUACAAAACCAAAGACAGCUUUAGUAGUCACCAAACCUGAAGCUCAAAACUUAAGCAUCGUCUCUACAGCUUCUCCCAUGACCUCAUCAAUUUUAUCUGAGCAGAAGCAUAGCAGUUCUUUGAACAAACCAGUUUCUGCACAGUUGUUUACUAAACUUCCUCAAGCAAGCUCUUCGCACAUCAGCCUACCCACUGGUUUGGGUUCCAUCUACACAGUUUCGCACACUGGUCCACGUGGUACCACUGUCCAUAUCACCACAGCUGCUUCUUCUCCACAAAUUCAGCAACUUCUCACCUCCAUAGCUAAGUCAAGCUGCAGUCCAAUAUCAAUCACUGUCUGCUCUGCAAAGGGAAGCAGUAGCAGCAGCAGCAGCAGCGCUAGUCAGACUUCAACCUGUCCCACUUUAAGUCUUGGUCAGCCAAUAACCACAGCCAGUGGUAAACCUAAAGCUGCCAAUUCUAACUCGGGACUCACAUCUGUUCAACAAAUCAGCAACAACAACAGCAACACAUCUGGCAUUAAAAUAAACCCACCAGACCAAGAGAAGGUACAGGCCAUACAGAAGCUACAGUUCCAUGACUUUCCUUUAACCACUGCAGUUUUGACUAAAAGCACAGGCACUCCAACAAUCACCCAGGCAAAAAUCCUGUGCAAUUCCCAACUAGACUUAGGCAAGCUACAAGCUUUGUCUGAAUCUGCCAGCGGCAAACAAACAACGCUUCAUAUUUCAUUGAACAGAGGCAAUUUAACGACUGCCGGUGGGAGCAUUUCUUCUCACAAUCUUUCUGGUAUCACAACUAUAGCCAAGUCCACCAACUCCACUUCCCUUACUUCUACAACAGCAGUUUCUUCUAUUCUGCCCAUGUCUUCAUCAAUGCUCUCUUCAGGUGCAUCAUCAACUGGCAACAUUAAGACAUCGUUGAUGUCCGAUGCAGUUGGUGAAUAUUUAGUAACCAAAUCCGAACCGCUCGGGCGAGUUUCUUCUCUCUUAGAAUCUGUUAAAACCAGAACUGUUGAAGUUGCUGGCACUUCAGUCCAAACUGGUCAGCCAUCAUUUAUGAGUUCCAGCAGUAUCAAAUCCUCUGUGGCCAUAGGUCAGCCAGUGAAACAAGUCACCUCCCCAAACACCACAGUGGUAACAUCAGUAGGAACCCUAGCCACCAUUGCUUCAGACUCUUCUUCUCUAACCGAUCCUCUUACUUCACGAACUGGCAUUGGUUUACCAAGAGCAAACAUUGUAUCUUACAAAGCCACACCCAAAACAGUCUUGUCAUCUACAGUAGCUGCCACAAGAACUCGCAGAAUCAAAACACCAAAACAAUAUGAUCUUUGAACUUCUGUUUUAUUUCCGAUUUUUAUCAUGUGCCUUGAAGACCGGAAGUGGGGGGUGGAAUGAAGUCCUUUUGAUCUCAGUUCUUCAGUUAAUCCCAAACUAGAGUGAUGGGAGAUUUUUUUUCUAACAAUGUAUCUGUAUAUGUAUUGAUGCAUGUGUGUUAUUGUAUAGUUAAGAAGUUCAUUUUAGAACCAUCUAGUUUCAGGUUCAAUCCUACUGCAUAGAAAGUGUCUUCUUGGAUAAAUGUCUUUGACUAUAAGGCCCUGCUGGACUAACCAAAUCCUUGUGAAUGGAUUUGGUUGGUUGAAUCUGCAGAAACUCAUCUACCAAAUUCACUAAACAAGGCACUGACCAGUUCUCAGUUAGAGAAGAUAUUUGUCCAGAUGCCAUACCAUGGGGCUGAACCCAAAGUCACAUAGUUGCAAGAACUUCUUAAUGGCAAAGCCAUACAUACACACAAGCACACAUACAAACACACACGCAUACAUACAAUCUAUAUAUGUGUGUAUUAAUGUGUGUGUGCAUGCUUGUUUGUGUCUUCUUGCUUGAUAACCUGUAUAGCUUUGUUUAUGUCCUCAUAGCGGUUCAGCAAAAGGAUAUCAACGUAAUAAGCACCAGACUUUACAAAAAAAAAAAAAGCAAAAUAAAAACAAGAAAAACAACAAAUGCUGAGAUCAAUUUGCUUGACUAAAAAGCAAAAAACAAAAACACCCUUUCCACAGAGUGCCAUGCUCCAGCAUGGCCACAGUCCAAUGAACAAAACAAGUAAAAGAACAAAAAGAAACCAAUGUCUGUAUUUUUUCCAGCAAUAUGUGAACGAAUGAAUUUCAUACCCUCUACUCCAACACACACACACACACACACUCUCUCUCUCUCGCUUCAGCCAUGUGCUUUAAUGUACAACAUUAAUCGUUAUCCUCUUAUGUGGCCAUGCUGGUGCACCGCCAGCAUGAUUUAGCCUCUGUCUUUUUAUAAGUAGUCUCCUGUGAGCUGUGGUGGCUUGGCUUGUCAUUUAAGGGCAUAAUACACUUGACCGGUCUGGUCUCCUGAUCAAUGCAAACUUCCCUCAGUCCGUGUAGCCGAACACUCUCGUAACCAAACCAAUUCUACAAUAAAAUAUAGAAAUGGAAACCAUUCUAUUUCAUACUCUUUUGA